AUGUUGGGUUUUAAUUUUUUUUGCUUUUCUUUAAGUGAAUACACUUUAAAAGAAAAUGUAAAAAGGCGAAAUUAUGGCGGUUGUACCUCUUAUAGGGAUAAAAAGAGAAAAUCGAAAGCAUGUAAAUUAAGUAGACCAUUUAAUAUACAAUCAUUUUUAUGUGUACUUAUAUUUUCCUUAUUAGUUAUUUUUGUCAGAGGUGAUAAAAUAUUUAUUGAUUCAUUAGAUGUAAAAAGUUCACAUUCCAGAAAAUUAAGUGAAAAUGUUAAUAUUAUUGUUAAUGAAAACUUGAAUCCUGAACAUAAUAAAGUAAAUGGAAUAAGUAAAAUAGAUGAUAAUGGUUUGAAUAAUGAAAUUUCAUAUGAUAAUAGAAAAAUAUCAAUUAAGAAGCAUGAAAAUAAAGAUGAAUCCUUAGAAAAUAAAAAUAAAAAUGUUGAAUUAAGUGGAGUUGAUCUUUAUCAUGCGAAUAUUGAAUUAAGAAAUAUAAAUAAUUUAGAUGAUAAUAAUAAAAUGAAUUUAAAUAAUGAAAAUAUUGAAGAUACAAAUAAUAUAGAAGAAGAAAUAAAAGGUAAAACUGUAUAUACAUGGGAUUUAGGUAAAGAUGCUAUAAGUAAUAUAUUACAUAGUUCAUCUGAUUAUUCAUUAAAUGGUAUAAAAUAUAAUUAUUGGAGGUUAAGUGCUAUACCAACAGUUAAUUAUUCUAUAAGAACUAGUAGAGUUCAGAAAAUGUUUAAAACAACUAUUGAUCCAAAAAAAGAAAAUGCAAAUGAUCAAGUUAAAGCAUUUAUAAAAAAAAUACCAAUUGAUAUAUGGGUAAAACAAUUUCAUUCUAUGAAUGAAUAUAAUGGAGAAUUUCUUGUAGGUGGUGAAAAUUUUGUGAUGGAAGCUGUUGCAUCAGCUUUUCUAACGAAAUAUCAUCCUGGUAUAACAGCAAAACUUUAUGCAUUAUUAUAUGAACCAUAUCGUAAAUAUGUAAAGGAGGAUUCACCACCUAAAUCUUCUUUUGAAAAUAUUGAUUCUUUUAAUGAAAUGUUAGAAGAAAAAAUAAAAAAUAAUAAGAAAGGAAAUGUUGUAUUAAUAUAUGAAUUAUUUGGUGAAAGUCUUUUUACUAACUUGGUUAAAAGUAGAAGAGAACCAAUAUUAAGAAAUAAGUAUGCAAAAAAAAAGAAAAUUAUAUAUGAUAGUUUAAAUUUAUUAAUAAAGUUACAUGAUGCAGGUUUAACCCAUUUAGAUUUUACUCCUGAAAAUAUAUUAAUUUCGGAAAAUAAUGAAUUAAGAUUAUGUGAUUUAGCUAAAAGUACUCCUAUAUAUACAAGAAAGUUAAGACAUGUCGAAGAAACUAAAGGUUUAUGUUUAUUUGAAUCUUGUGUACCUACUGUUGGUAAGUCUGCUUAUAUGCCACCAGAAUGUUGGAAAAUAUAUAAAAGACAUAGAAUAUUAAAUAUAAAAAACCCAUUACAACAUUUGAAUGCGAUAACAUCUCAGGAUGAAAGAAAAAAACAUUAUUUUAAUGUUACAUGUGCUGAUAAAUAUAUGCUUGGAAUUUUAUUCAUUUGGAUUUGGAAUGAUGGGCAUAUAUGGCAAUGUUCCGAUGCCUCAACUGAUGAAAAUUUCUAUAAGUUUGAAAAAUGUGAUAUGAGUCUUGAUGUAUUUCAAUUGACUAGUACUUGGCCUAGUGGAUUAAAAAACAUACUCAACGAAUUAUUACACAUAGAGAAAAGAAAAAAGCUGGUUUUGAGAAAUUUAUUAAGUUAUCCGUGGUUUACUAAAGAAAAUGAUUUUUCCUUAUGA